AUGACCACUGUAAACUUGGACAUUGGACCAAAGAAAAGGAAUGAAACUCAAGCAGGUGUAAAGGGAGCUCUGAACUCCAAUCCAAUAUUGAAUGGAUACGAUAGAUAUGAGUAUGUCAAAAAUCUUGAAGGCACUUUUACAUUAUCUGGAUUAUCAUAUGGUGGACAAAAGUUUACUCUUAUAGUUACAACUUCCAUCCAAAAUGUUUCAAAAGUAGUGGUCUAUUUUAGACAAGCCGGGGAUACGCUUUUGACCAUACGUGUUAGUACAGCCGUUAGGCAUUAUUACUACACUAACCAUAGGGUUGGCCAACCCAUCAAUAGAAUUGCUGAAUUCGAUGAAUUUGUAACGGUUAAAGGCAAAGUACUCAAUGAGUCAACGAAUAUCAAAGAGAUACUAGAUAGUGUAGUAAAGAACAAAAGGCUCAACUAUGAUGAUCUAUCUGAUGGUAUAAAGGAAAAACUUUGGAGGGCGGCUGCGGUUAUAUUUGAUCUUUCAAAAACAAGUAAUAGGUACAAUUCUGACGUCACUAAUGCGGAAGUUAAUGUAACUUUCUCUACUAAAAUAGAAAAGAAAUAUCCUAAAAUCCAGCACAAUCCAACUUAUACUCCAUUUUACAUUAAGGGUAUAAAGAAUACUGAUGGUGGGAAUAUAGAUGUGCCUGGUGGUUUUCCAAAUGAUGGACUAAAUGAGUUUAACGUACACUAUAAGGAGGGUGACAACAAUCACGAACACCCACUUUUGAUAACCCUAAAUGUAAGAAAAGAGGAAGGUGGGAACGAUCAAAAGUACAUAUCCAGUAAGUAUUAUAUCUCCAAGAAUAAAACAAAUACAUGGGACAUUCGUAGAGUUUCAGCAACUGGUAUAAAGGACGAUGAACUCGGGGAAAUAAUCAAAAAUAUUGAAAACAACGAGAGGCUUAAUGUUGAACUACUGAAAAAAUAUAUCCAGGAUAAGCUCAAGGAUCUCACUCAAGACCUGGUUAUUGAUAUAGAUGAGGCUGCAAAACAAUCUGAGGAAUCUGGUAAAUAUAGGUCCGGUGAUAGAGAUAUUCCCUAUAAAAGGGAGAUAUAUAAUAAUUACGGUGUAGUUUCACAUGCUGACACGUUUAUUAGCUUUACAAUUAGAGAGAUUAAAGUUAAGGGUAAUGAAUUUAUUUCUACAGAGCUUCUUCCUCCAAAUGGUACCAGACUUUCUAGAUUAAAAGUUUUUUAUAAUGGGAAUCCAAAAGAUAACGAACCACUCCUAAUAUAUAUCCUAUAUAGUGACUUGUCACAGAAGAAAUGGAUCUGCAGGUACUCUGGCGAUAAGGAAUGGUUUAGCCUUGGGAGUGGAGAUACUACUCCGGCAAGUGACAUGGAUUCCGAGAGGAUAACUAAACUCCUUGAGAAGCUAAAUAUCCCCAAUGUUCGGAUAGAUCUUUCCAAGUCCGUUGGAUCAUACCAACCCAUUGGUAAUAUUCUGUAUUUUACCGUUAAGAAUGGCAAAGCUGAUACUUCCAUGAUUCAGAAAUAUCAACAUGCCAGACAGGAUGGUGGAAAUUUUAGUGUCAAGAGUGUUGUUGAUACUACAGGAAAGAUUCUAUCUGGUAUUUCAUCUCCUCAUGCUUUAGGUAGUGUAUCGGCGUUUUACUCAAAAGACGAUCCAUCUCUAUCAACUCCCCUGUUUGUUGAAUUGGAGAAAAGUGAUGAGAAUAAAUAUUUGUACUUUCACAGGGAAACUCAAAAUAUGUGGACUGAGAAGAAGAGGGAUGGGACGGCACAAUCUGGAUGGGCUGCUAAACUUGGGAGCCCUGAACUAGAGGCCGAAGUUGAAGAGUUAUGGAAUCUUUAUGCUCCUAGUGAUACUCCAUGGGACAUUAUAUGGAAAGCCUGUCUAGGACUAUUUUGUAUAGCAAUUGGAGGAGUUAUUUUUGCGAUAGUUAUAAAGAAAAUGUCAGGGACCAAGGUAUAA